UCCACCAAAAGAGAGAAAAAACCCAAAACGUUUUUCUUUUUGGGUAAUUAUCAAAACUUCAAUUCUAAUUUUUCAAAUUUUUAAAACCCUAAAAACCCAUCAUUUCCUGUAAGGAAAAGAAAAAAAAAUAUGGCAACACUUCAGCUCACAAACCCAAACGAGCUGAUGAUCUCAUCCCCUUCAAUUCCAACCCCAUUUCAACACAAGUCAUUGCCUUUUAGAAAAUGCUUUUCUCACUGGAAAAGCAGCAAUUCUUCGCAGAAACGACACCGUUUUGGGGUUGUCAGUUGCUCUUUUACCCCAAUGGAAUCGGCCAAAAUUAAGGUGGUUGGUGUCGGUGGAGGUGGCAACAAUGCCGUUAAUCGCAUGAUUGGUAGCGGUUUACAUGGUGUUGAUUUCUAUGCUAUAAACACAGAUGCGCAAGCAUUGUUACAGUCUGCUGCUGAGAACCCACUUCAAAUUGGAGAGCUUUUGACUCGUGGAUUAGGUACGGGUGGGAAUCCACUUUUGGGAGAAGAAGCUGCUGAAGAAUCUAAAGAAGCAAUUGCAAACGCACUAAAGGGGUCAGAUCUUGUGUUUAUAACUGCUGGUAUGGGUGGAGGAACAGGGUCUGGCGCUGCCCCAAUUGUUGCCCAGAUAUCCAAAGAAGCAGGUUAUUUGACUGUUGGUGUCGUAACCUAUCCUUUCAGCUUUGAAGGACGUAAGAGAUCCUUGCAGGCUUUGGAGGCUAUUGAAAAGUUGCAAAAGAAUGUUGAUACUCUUAUAGUCAUUCCCAACGACCGUCUGCUGGAUAUUGCUGAUGAACAGACACCCCUUCAGGAUGCUUUUCUUCUUGCUGAUGAUGUUCUACGUCAAGGAGUGCAAGGAAUUUCAGACAUAAUCACAAUACCUGGACUGGUAAAUGUGGAUUUUGCAGAUGUAAAGGCAGUCAUGAAAGACUCUGGAACUGCAAUGCUUGGAGUGGGAGUUUCCUCUAGCAAAAACCGUGCAGAAGAAGCAGCUGAACAAGCUACUUUAGCUCCCCUAAUUGGAUCCUCAAUUCAAUCGGCUACAGGAGUAGUGUACAAUAUUACAGGAGGAAAGGACAUAACCCUACAGGAAGUGAAUAGAGUGUCUCAGGUUGUGACAAGUUUGGCUGAUCCUUCUGCUAACAUCAUAUUUGGGGCUGUCGUGGAUGACCGCUACAAUGGAGAGAUUCAUGUUACUAUCAUUGCUACAGGCUUCUCACAGUCAUUUCAGAAGAAACUAUUAACAGACCCCAAGGCAGCAAAGCUGAUUGACAAAGUUCCAGUGGACCAAGAAAGCCAGGGAAUGCCCUUCCCCCUCAAGUCCCCAACAUCACCUUCAACUGUUCCAUCCAGACCGUCUCACCGAAAGCUCUUCUUUUAAUUCCUUUUUUUUUUUUUUUCCUUCUUCCCAUUUAACUCCUUUUGCCAUUUGGCUCUGUAAUGAUCUUGAAGUUGAUAUAUGAGAACUGCAUUUUGUUCUAGGGUUUA